AUGAACGCCAGCGAAAUCCUGCGGAUCGUCGAUGCCAUCCACCGCGACAAGAACAUCGACAAAGAGAUCGUCUUCGAGGGCAUCGAGGCGGCCCUGGUUUCUGCUCUGAAAAAAUACCACGGCGAAGAAGCCGAGAUUGACGUCAAGAUCAAUCAGGAGGACGGCUCGGUCACCGCCGUCUGCGAGGGCGAGACCCUCGACUCCGAGGAGGUCGUCGGCCGCAUUGGCGCUCAGACCGCCAAGCAGGUGAUGAUCCAGAAGAUCCGCGAGGCGGAACGCGACGCGCUCUACGACGAGUACGAAGAGCUCAUCGGUCACAUGGUGAGCGGCGUUGUGCAACGCUACGAGGGCGCCGCAGCGACGGUUUCGCUCGGCAACGUCGAGGCGAUCCUGCCACGCAGCGAGCAAAUCCCUGGUGAGACCCACCACGCUAACGAACGCGUCCGCUGCACCGUCUACGAGGUCCGCAAGGCCGGCAGCCGGGUCAAGGUGAUCCUGAGCCGCCGCGCGCCGCAGUUGGUGCAACGGCUGUUCGAGCAGGAGAUCCCAGAGAUCUCUGACAGCGUCAUCGAGAUCAGAGCGAUGGCCCGCGAGCCCGGCUACCGUUCCAAGGUGGCGGUCAGCAGCAGCGACGCCCGCGUCGACUGCGUCGGAGCCUGCGUUGGCGUCCGCGGCAACCGAAUCAAGAAUAUCGUAGAUGAACUCUCCGGCGAACGGAUCGACAUCGUCCGCUGGGAUGAUGACCUCGAGGUGCUGAUCCCGAACGCCCUGCAGCCGGCGGAGGUCGACCAGGUGAUCCUGUGUCGGAUCCUGGGCCGCGCCAUCGUGCUCGUGCGUGAAGACAACCUGUCACUGGCGAUCGGCCGCCGGGGGCAGAACGUACGCCUGGCGAGCAAGCUGUCCGGCUGGGACAUCGAGAUCAUGACUCAGGAGGAGCUCGCCGAGUCGAUCGACCGCGCCGUCGAGGGCUUUAGCGGCAUCGAGGGGGUUACCUUCGAGCUGGCCGAGAAGUUGGUUGAAGAGGGCUUCCUCAGCUACGACGACCUUUCCAUCAUCGAGCCGGACGAUCUGAUGCAGAUGGGCGGCUUGACCGAGGAACAGGUCGACAAGAUCGUGGAGCAGGCCGAGGCCCGCGCCGAAGAGGCCGAGGCCGCCGCGGCUGCGGCACGUCGCAAGAAACACGAAGAGGAGCGGCAGGCCGAGCAGCUUGCCCAGCAGCAGGCGGCGGAGGAAGCCGCUGCGGCCGAAGCGGGCGAGUCGGAGGAUGGCGUUACGGCGGCCGAAGGCGAGCAGGACGCCGCUGGUGACGAGCCGGCCGACGCGCCGCCCGAAGAAGCAGAACAACCGGCCCCCGAAGCAGCAGAAGAUGCCUCAGAGGAGCCAAAAGAGCUAAACGUCGACAGCAAAGAGCUGGUCGAUAUCUGCACCCGCGCCGGAGUGCCGGGCAAAGGAUCUGCCCUGGCGAGCCUUACCGACGACGAGGUGUCGAAGGUCAAGCAAUUCAUGAGCGGCGCCAAAGAAGCGCCCGCCGCCAAGGGGAAGUCGGCUCCGCCGCCCCCGAUGCGUCCGCCCGAGAAACGCGGCGACGACCGGAUGAAGGUCAUCGUGACGCCCAAGGCCACUGGUCCGCGGCUCAGCUCGCGACGCGGCGAAGCCGCGCCGCUCGACGAUGAGCCAGCUGUCACGGAAGUGCCGGAGGCCGCCGAGGCCAUCGCCGAGCAGGAGUCCCCGGUCGACGCCCCGCAGGUUGAGCAGCCCGCCGCCGAGGUCCAAGACGACGCUGUCGUCGAGCAGCAGGAGGCCGCAAGCCAGGAGGCCGAAGCCGCCGCAGCCGAGCACCGCGAGAAGCUCGCCAAGCCGGGCCCGCUGGCCCGCAUGGUGCGCAAAGAGGAUUACAUCGGUCCGGCCAACGCCGGCACCGGGAAAAUGCCGGUGGUGGGCGCCGGAUCCGACCAACGCAAGGGCGGCGCCAAGAAGCCGGCCGAGGUGAAGGCCCGCCCCGCGGUCCGCCUGGCCGCGGUGCCCGCCAAGACCCAGCCGAAGAAGGUCGAGAAGCCGAAGGAAGAGACCAAGGCUCAGAAGCCGGUCAUGACGCUGCCGACGGAGGUGCUCGGCGCCAACAAGCUGGGCAGCAAGCCUCUCGCUCAGCACCUGCGUCGCGCCGAACGCACACUGGAGGCCGAGCAGAUCCGCGAGCGGGCCGGCGGUGGCAAGUCGAAGGAGAUGGUUGACGAUGAUGGCCGCCGCAAGUCGGGCCGCCCGAUGUUGGGUGGCCGCGAGGCGCGCCAGCUCAACCGCGACCGGGGCGGCUCACGCCGCCAGCGCCCCGGACUCGGGCGGCGUGUCCGCCGCAGCCGCCGCUCGGGCGUCAACACUGCCGCGCCGCGGAAGGGUCGCAUCGAGGUCCAGCUGCCGUGCACCGUGAGGGACCUUUCCGAGUCGGCCGGUGUGCCCGCUCGGGACAUCCAGCGGAUCCUCAUGGAAGAGGGUGUGAUGGCCACCAUCAACACGCCCAUGGACCCGGACCUGACGGAGUUCGUGGCGGCCGAACUCGGCCUGGACGUCGACUUCCUGCAGCCGGAAACCCUGGAAGACAAGGUCCUCCGCCGGCUCGACGAGAUGGAAGAUCCCGAGGGCGACCUGGUGGACCGUCCGCCGGUAAUCACCUUCUUGGGGCACGUCGACCACGGCAAGACGUCGCUGCUCGACAAGAUGAUCGGGAUCGAUGUCGCGAGUGGAGAGAGCGGCGGCAUCACCCAGCACAUCCGCGCCUACCAGAUCGACAAGGACGGCAAGCCGAUCUCGUUCGUUGACACGCCGGGCCACGAGGCGUUCACCGCCAUGCGGGCCCGCGGCGCCAACGUGACCGAUAUCGCAGUCAUCGUGGUCGCCGCCGACGACGGCGUUAUGCCACAGACCGAGGAGGCGAUCAGCCACGCCCGCGCCGCCGAGGUUCCGAUCAUCGUCGCGCUCAAUAAGAUGGACCUGCCCGGCGCCGACCCGAUGAAGGCGAUGACCGGCCUGAGCCAGAACGGGCUGCAGCCCAGCGAGUGGGGCGGCGAUGUGGAGGUCGUGAAGACCAGCGCCGCUACCGGCGAGGGCAUGGACGAGCUCCUCGACACCAUCCUUACCGUCGCCGAGCUGCACGAGUACAAGGCCAACCCCAAUCGCGCGGCGAUCGGCGUCUGCCUCGAGGCGACCCAGGACGCGGACCAGGGCGUCCUGUCGAAGGUCAUCGUCGAGACCGGCACCCUCCGCGUGGGCGACAUCGUCGUCUGCGGCGACGCCUACGGCCGCGUGCGGUCCAUGACCGAUACUCUGGACAAGAGCCGGCGGCUCGAAGAGGCCGGCCCCACUGUUCCGGUCAACCUGGCUGGCUUCGACAUCGCUCCGCCCGCCGGCGAACGCUUCUACGUGCUGGACGACAUCUCUCAGGCACGCGAGAUCGCCGAGACCCGGGCGCACCAAACCCGCUCGGAGUUCCUCGGCGCCACGGGCUACCAGCACGUCACGCUCGAGACCCUCUUCGACCGUCUCGACGGCGUCGAGGAGGUGCAGACGCUCAACCUCAUCCUGCGGGCCGACGUCCGCGGCUCGAUCGAGGCAAUCCAGAAAGAGCUGGCGAAGCUCGAGCACCCAGAGGUGCGUCUGCGGAUCUUGCAGGCCAGCGUCGGCGGCGUCACUGCCGCGGACAUCCAUCUGGCCGACGCCUCGGACGCCAUCAUCAUCGCGUUCAACGUCGUCCCGGAGGAGUCCGCCCGCUCGCUCGCCGAACAGUCGGGCGUCCAGGUCCGCCGUUACGACAUCAUCUACAAGAUCACCGACGAGCUGCGGGCCGCGAUGGAGGGCAUGCUCCGUCCGGAGAAGAUGGAAGUCUCGCUUGGCCGGGCCCUCAUCCAGCAGGUGUUCAAGAUCAGCCGUAUCGGCGCGGUCGCCGGCUGCCGCGUGAUCCAGGGCGUUGUCGAACGCAACGCCCGGGCCCGCGUUAUCCGCGACAGCACAAUCAUCGGCGACUACCCGAUCGACACGCUCAAGCGGGAGAAGGACGACGCCAAGGAGGUGCGGGAGGGCUACGAGUGCGGCAUCAAACUGGCCGGAUUCAACGACAUCAAAGAGGCCGACCUGCUUGAGUUCUACAAGGUGGAGGAGAUCGCCAGGAGCUUCGACGACUGA